ACGUGGGCAGUUGAGAGAUGGCCGCGCCUUCGAUAGAGGGGGUACUUGAAACUGGAAGAAAAAACAGUACGCGGUUCGCGGUUCCAGCCUCUGGUUUGCAGUUGACUGCGUGACGUCACGUUAGGCAGUCCUGCAAGUAUAUUUUGGAACGCACCCUAGUACUAGCCACUGAGGGAGAACUAUCCAAAUGCAAAAAAAAAAUGUGAACUCAAAUGUCGUAAAACGUAUUUUGCGCGGUAAUAUGUGUAAUGACUCGAAGACUAGGAUCAAAGUUGUCAAUAAUUGCACACUUAUAUUAAUUUUGUGAAAACAUAAUCAUAAUUUUUAGACAAGAACAAUGGAUUCUGUUGGUUACAAAGUUGGAAGGUUAUGUGCAGACCGCGUAAUCAAAUAUUCGUAAAUUGUACAAUUUUUAACUAGUAUACGUUCGUAAUCGUAGCAUAAGCAAAUGAAUUACAAGCCUUAGACAUGCUCUGUAAAAUAGACGACCUACCUGACGAGAUCCUCGAAUAUAUAUUGAGCUUGAUACCCCCCUAUAAAAAUCUUCAAGAGUGCACUUUGGUUUCUAAACGAUGGUAUCGCGCUACUCGCAAUGUAAUAGAACACAGUGAGGCACAUUUCCACAAAGCAGUUGGCCUGGGCUCACUUUUUUGGAAAACAUGGCCUGAAGCCGAGUGGGUACCGACAAUCGGAAAACGUCAUUCCCAUUCGGCAUGUACUUAUGAAAAUUCUAUGUAUGUGUUCGGUGGUUGUACAGCUACGUGUACCACUUUCAAUGAUCUAUGGCGAUUAGAUUUGGACACACGAAAAUGGGUUAGGCCUAUCACUAUGGGUAGCUAUCCAUCGCCUAAGGCAUGCACAACGAUGCUGUAUUACAAAAAGAACCUAAUUUUGUUUGGAGGCUGGUCUCAUCCGUCACCGUAUCCACUUCAUCAGCAAUGGAAAUUGUUCAAUGAACUACAUGUGUACUCAAUUGAGUUGAACAGAUGGACUGCUAUCAAUGCUUUAGAAAGUCCGCCGCCUAGGUCUGCUCACUCGGCAUCCAUUCAUGGAAAUCUCAUGGUGAUUUUUGGAGGAGUUUGCGAGGGAGACAGUUCCAAUGAAGUUUGGUGCUUGAAUCUAGAUACUUAUAGCUGGCAUGAACAAACCACGUCUACCUUAAAGCCACCGCCGCGAUAUGGUCAAUCCCAAAUUGAAUUGGACAGCACACACUUGCUCAUACUAGGUGGAUGUACUGGACCUAAUGUAGCUAUGAAUGAUGCAUGGCUACUAACAAUGGGAAAUUCAAAUUGGGUUUGGAGAAAGGUGAACAUGCUUCAUUCCACAUGUGCUCCCAUACGAAUUUGGUGUCAUCAAGCUUGCAAGGUUGGCGAUUAUGUUAUUGUCCUGGGUAAGAAUAAGCAAAUGAGUCAACCAAAUGAUAUGAGCAUCUCCAUGGGUAAAAAUGCUUGCCAAAGGUCAACAUCGUCCCAAGGGCAGGAGCCGAUACCACUAUUUGAAAGGCGAAGAAAUCUAGUGCAGGUAGACAGAGAUGAGAAUGUCAACGGCCGUCGUGGCUCUUUUCCAAGAUCAUCUAUGCCCAUUCCACAUUCUCCGUCACUUGGUUCCAAGCAUCAAAAAUCCUUGCCUGCCCAUGAAGAAAAUACUCUAGGCAUGGCUGCGUUUCGCGAAGAAUUACCUCGAUCUCGACACAACGCGAAUAGGCAGCGGCAACUGGAGUCACUUCGCCGAAUGGAACAGAGGAUUCAGAACAGAAAAACACAGUCAAAAAUGGUGAAAAAACCCGAGAAUACACUGGCCAUAUAUGUGUUGGAUAUUUCGAAGAUCCUAAGUGAAGAAUGCAUCGCCUCCUGGAUACCGUUGAAACAAAAUGGCCAGGCUGGACCAGAUGAAAGAAUAUUAUAUUCCAUGGUUCUCGGAAGAGGAGAAUUGAUAGUAUUUGGUGGUAUCCGAAAAGAACACAUGAAGAACCAGGCACAGACUGGAUCUGACGAUUCUGAAGUUUACAAUGAUCUCCAUUUUAUAAAUCCUCUGCGAUACGUUGUAUAGUAUAUCAAAAAGAAUUUAAAAAAUACAUCGGUGAAUAAAACAACAGAAUGUUAAAAACUCGCUCUUCGUAAAAUAUAUUUGGCUACUUUAUUAAUAUAACUAGAAUAUUUCUUGCGAUAAAUUAUCAGAAACUAGUCUCUCAACCAUUGAAAUUUAAACAUUACACUUGGUGGUGAUGAUUAAUCUAAUAAAAAAACUGUAUGGGUUGUAAAAUUUGGUAAUCAGCUGUAAGACUUAGAUUCUUAUUAAUUUAAAUUGAAUUUUUUUUAUGUUUACAGUAACGAAUUGAAGGAGAGGAAGAAGGAAUUGUGUUGUCGAUAA